AUGACUUCCAAGCCUCUCACUUUGUGGACUCUCCGGGGCCACGCCGGCACGCCCAACCCCUGGAAGGUCCUCAUAAUAUUGGAAGAACUAAAGGUUCCAUACGAGACCAAGUUGGUCGAUCUCGAAGACCUAAAGAAGGAACCCUACGAGUCUGUCAAUCCUAAUGGUCGCGUUCCUGCCCUCAACGAUCCGAACACCGGUAUCACGAUCUGGGAAUCCGGUGCUAUCCUCGAGUACUUGAUGGACACAUACGACAAGCAACACACGGUCAGCUUCACCGCCGGCUCGCAGGAGUACUACGAGAGCAAGCAGUGGCUACACUUCCAGGUAUCCGGCCAGGGACCAUACUUUGGGCAGGCCACCUGGUUUACGGUCUACCACCCCGAGAAGGUGCCUAGUGCGGUCGAACGCUAUGUUAACGAGAUCUGUCGUGUUUCGGGAGUACUUGAUCGAUCGCUCCAAGGCAAGGAGUACCUCGUUGGCGGUAAAUUCAGCUAUGCCGAUGCUGCUUUUGUGCCGUGGUUCGAGGUGGCUGCGCUUUUCUGGUCAAAGGAAAUGGAUCUCGAGAAGAAGUUCCCGCAUGUUAAUUCCUGGUUGAACCGUAUGAAGGCUCGCCCGGCUAUUGCCAAGACAAUUGAUGAUAAGGAGAAGGCUGCGGCUGCGGCUGCGGCAGAGAAAUAA